GUCCAGGGAGCCCGGGCCCUUCCACUGAGCGCCUGAAGUCGUCCAGAGCGCACCGGGCAUCAUGGGCGCCUCACAUUCGUCCAGGGAGGAGUGGGAGCGCGAGAGCAGGACAGACUUAUGGUGGGCGCACAUCCAGGAGGUGUUCAUGAACAAGUGGUUCAGCUGGGACCAGAUCAAGCAGCUGCACCAGAGGUUCCGGCUGCUGAGCGGAGACCAGCCCACCCUCCGCCCAGAGAGCUUCGACAACGUCCUGGACUUGGAGUUCAACCCGAUCCGCUCCAGGAUCGUCCAUGCCUUUUUCGACAACCGGAACCUGGGCAAGGGGACCAGCGGGCUGGCGGAGGAGAUCACCUUCCAGGACUUCCUGACCAUCGUCUCCUAUUUCCGGCCACUGCAGCCCCGACUCAACAAGGAGGAGGCGGAGCAGUACCGCAAAGAGAAGAUGCGUUUCCUCUUCAACAUGUACGACCAGGACGGCGACGGGAUCAUCACCCUGCAGGAGUACCGCCGGGUGGUGGUGGACCUGCUGUCGGCGAACCCGCAAGUGGAGAGCGCCACUGUGCGCGCCGUCGCCAACGCCAUCGCGCGGGACGCCUUGAAGGAGGCGUCCAGGGCGUCGGACCAGCCGCUGAAGGGGGACCAGCUGUACGAGGGCAUCACCUUCGAGGACUUCAUCAAGACCUGGCAGAGCCUCGAAUUGGAGGUCAAGAUGCAAGUCAGCUUCCUGAACCUAGAAGCCAUGGCCUUAUGCCAGUGACCUGCUGGCUGUCGCACCCCCACUGGAAAAGCUGCCGGUUGAAUCUGGCAGACUCCUGCAGCAGCUACGGGGUACGUGGGACUUGAUAGCUUUUAUCUCUGAGAAUAAAGAUGAUCAAAAGAGAA